CGGAGGCAGCCCCGCCGCCAUGGCCUCCUCCAAGCCGCUGUCCCGCUUCUGGGAGUGGGGCAAGAACAUCGUCUGCGUGGGGCGCAACUACGCCGAGCACGCCAAGGAGAUGGGGAGCGCCCUGCCCCGGGAGCCCCUCUUCUUCCUCAAGCCUUCCUCGGCCUACGUGCGGGAAGGGUCGCCCAUCCUCCGGCCCUACUACUGCUCCAACCUGCACCACGAGGUGGAGCUGGGGGUGGUGAUCGGGAAGAGGGCCCAGGCCGUGGCCCAGGAGGCUGCCAUGGAGCACGUGGCAGGUUAUGCCCUCUGCUUGGACAUGACGGCCAGGGACACCCAGGAGGAGUGCAAGAAGAAGGGUCUGCCCUGGACCUUGGCCAAGGGCUUCACUUCGUCGUGCCCGGUCAGUGACUUUGUGCCCAAGGAGAAGAUCCCGGACCCCCACAAGCUGAAGAUCUGGCUCAAGGUGAAUGGAAAGCUGCGGCAGGAGGGGGAGACCUCUUCCAUGAUCUUCUCCAUCCCUUAUCUGAUCAGCUACAUCAGCGAAAUAGUCACCCUGGAAGAAGGGGAUUUGAUUCUGACAGGGUCCCCCGAAGGGGUUGGGUCCGUGGAGGCCAACGACGAGAUCGAGGCCGGGAUAAGCGAGUUCCUCUCCAUGCGGUUUAAGGUGGUGCAGCAGACACGGGGAUCCAAGCCAGGAGCCUAGCUGGG